AUGGAUUACUACACCGGACUUUUGUUUGUCCUAACUCUGCUGUUACAGUUUCGGGGUUAUCUCUGUGGGAGCUCUUGUUACGAACGAGAGUACAACAUCUUCUAUGGAAAUUACUACUACUCCUACUAUGGUUACUGUAGUUACGGUUGCUGUGGUUACACGACCUCACGCUACUGUUGCUACGCGUAUUAUGACGCGUAUACUUCUGUAUCAAUAUCAGUUGGUGUAAUCGUCGGAAGCAUCAUUGGUGGUCUCGUCUUCCUCGGCGUGCUGAUAACGGUUGUGAUUUGUUGUAUCUGCAAAUGUUCCGACCGAAAACCGAAUCGUGGAGCUGUGGUAGCUCCAGCGACAGGAGGGACCCAAGGUGUCGCCAUAGUAAGCACUCACCUGAACAUGCAGCCUCAACAGUACUACCAAAUGCACAGUCGGCCAGCCCAAAUAGUUCAACCUCCGGCCUACAACACUGGGCACAUAUCUGUGGCGUAUCCACAACCGCAACCGCCAACGUGUCCCCCGCCAGCCUACCCUCCCCCACCGCCCGCUGAAUGUCCACCUCCUCCGCCGGACUAUCCUACCCCACCGCCCGCUGAAUGUCCACCUCCUCCGCCUAACUAUCAUCCAUCUGCGGCUGUGGAAGAACCUGAAACUCCAAUGACACCUUUUGAAGUACCGGAUCUCGCCCCAUCUGGAUUGAAUAACGCUCCACCGGCAUCAACACAAGUUACCCGAUAG